ACUCACUCCCGCUCUACCACGCCGCUUAGCAGCAGCUGAUCACGCGCUCGCUCUCCUCCGAUUGGCCGCUUCGCCACACACCUUUGUCGCUGAUUGGACGCCGCUCUCCCCGCCCACAGCUAUGUUCUGCGAGCUUUAGUACUAUCUGAAUGGAGCAGCUGGAGCGCUGAGGACAGCAGAGGAGAUAAGCAGAGAAGUGUGUGUACCGCUGUGACUGCGAUACAGGAGAGCCGUCCAAUCAUCUACAUAUCUACAGAGAGCAGGAGAACUCUACAUAUUCUACAUAUACAGGGACAUGAUCGGCUACAGCACGAUGGACAGAAUGGACAUAUGUGGUCUUCAGCGAUUUGGGGGAGCUCCCUGGAAGUCCACAGCAGAGAAGAGCGACGUGGAGGCUGUGGAAGCUCUUAUGUACAUGAGCAGCCGAUGGAAACCGGAGCCCAAAAGCUUCAUUGAUCUAAGGCCGAUCACCCCAGCGUCUGAUUUCUCCGAGAACGAAGACAGCACCAUCACAGCUGACUUUGCCGCCAUACCGGCUUUUUGCCUGACCCCACCGUACAGCCCUUCCGAAUUUGAACUGUCACAUUCCCCAAGCAUCAACCAGGUGUCUCCAUGUAUCGAGAAGAGCAAGCUGGUCACCAGCAAAACCCUAGCUACUUCAGCUAACAAUGCACUGAGCCCGAUGCAAAAAGCCCAGGCAACGAGUGUUAUCCGCCAUACUGCGGACGCAGAGUUCUGCAAUCAGCGUCUGUUUACACCAAAGAAUUGUGACGUGUAUGACACAGGCGUUGGUACUCCCCAGCAAAGUUCUGUUGCCGAAAAUAAAGUGCCUCUUCCUGAGCACAUCAAGACUGAAACACAGGUUCUGCCUUCCUUCUUGCUUGCAAACAGUAACCAUGGCAGUGUUCCUUUUCAGGCCUGUAAUGGCAUGCCCAAUUCCCCUGACACCUGUGUUAUUCCAAUGCAGAUCCCAUCACCCCCAAUGUUGUUGCCCACACCAGUAACGCCAAAUGCAUUGCCUCAGGUGCCAGUCCUAUGCCAAAUGGUCCCCUUUUCUUCAAGCAAUUCAAUGGUGACAACAGUGAUGGCAAGCACUCCUGCCCAGACCCAAGCGGUCAUGCAGCCAGUCUUCUACAUGGGAGCUCAGGUGCCUAAAGGGACUGUGAUGUUUGUGAUGCCCCAGCCGGUAAUGCAAAAUACAAAGACUGUGUGGGCCAGCGGCUCCAGAUUGUCUCCGAUAGCACCAGCACCAGGAGUUUCUGCUUCAGAGGCCAAGUUUCCCCCUCCUAUGGAUGCAUCCCGCAUAAGAAGCCAUGUUUGCAACCAACCUGGGUGUGGAAAGACGUACUUCAAGAGUUCUCACCUGAAAGCCCACAUGCGAACGCACACCGGAGAGAAACCCUUCAAUUGUAGUUGGGAAGGCUGUGAAAGAAAGUUUGCUCGCUCUGAUGAACUGUCCCGACACCGUCGCACGCAUACAGGAGAAAAGAAGUUUGCAUGUCCAAAAUGCGACCGGCGCUUUAUGCGCAGCGACCACCUGACCAAGCACGCCAGGCGCCACCUGUCUAACAAAAAGCUACCUACCUGGCAGAUGGAAGUCAGCCGCUUAAGCGACAUUGCUCUGCCUCAAUCCUCAGCUCCUGUCCAGUGAAUGUACCCAGUAGAGCUUGUAUCACUCUACUGAAAAGUUCGUGGCACGUCACUGGUGAAAACCAUGAUGGCAAGUCGCCUUCACUCCAUGAUGGAUGCGAGUCUGAUUAGCCGAAUGGAAAUGCGGUCUGUGAAGCAACAGCGGCGGUGACUGAAAGACUUUUACGAGGACUCAGAUUCCUGUAAUUGUUGUUGUUAUGCACUGGAGAAGAUGGUUGAAUGCAGGUUUUCUUGUGUGGCGCUGUCGGUAGCGCUGCCAGGACAGUGUGCGUGUUAUAAAUUAAGACAAUUUGCUACUAGUACCGCUUACAAAGCUGUGU